GUGGCCAGGGUUCCAUGCAGUGAUCCUUCUGGACAGUCCAUCAUUCUGCCAUUAUCCGACUUUGAGCGGAUUACCGCCAGAUCCAACGUUCUCUCCAAGGAUGAGAAGAAGGCCUUAAAGGAGGCCCACAUGAGUAGGAAAGAGAAAGAAAUGCAGGCGGCCGAGGAAAUGAAGCGGCAGAUGUUAGAAGCUGACGUGUACCGUCAGGAGAAGCGGGCUCUGAGUGAGGUGGAGAUGGAGGCCCACGAGCGAACGCAGCGUCUGCUGGAGCGAGCCGAUGCUCUGAGAAUGGAGCAAGAGGAGGAGAUUAGAGAACUCAACAAGGUGAUUCUUGGUGCUCAGUGCCAAGCCACACGUGACGCCCAAAUCCAGGAGAAGAAGCAAAUCCAGAUGGAGAUGCUGGAGGAGGAGAAGCGUCUGGAUGCCAUGAUGGAAGCUGAGCGCCGCAGGUUCCUGGACAGGGUGGAGCAGACUGAUGAACUACGUAAGCAGGAGAGGAUCAGGUGACCGCUCUGCCCCC